AUGCCGAAAGUAGUAUCCAGGAGUAUAGUCUGCUCGGACACUAAAGAUCAAGAGGAAUACAAUGAGACAAAACCCUUGCACAUUUAUUAUUGUUUGUGCGGUCAAAUGUCUCUCAUUUUGGACUGCACCAUAGAUCGCUUACCGUUACGACCCACCGACGAAGCCAGAGUUAUUGAUGGUUCAAAGCACGCUCACAAAAUCACCGCCGAUCCAGACGAAACCGUUUAUCUUAAGCGGGAAAAAGGCAUCGAGAGACAGUAUAGAUUGAAAUGCAAAAAGUGCGCUAUACCCAUUUAUUACAAGCACAAACAGGACAGUAACGUUGUAUUUAUAAUGCACGAAGCUCUUGUGCAAACAGCAGGAGAAGGUACAGUGACGGAUAUUUACAAGCAAGUGGCUCUCGCCCAACCUAAAAAGAUUAUGGUCACAAAGCACACAAAGAAUAUGGGCAAAUUUAGCUCAGUAACAGUCUCUACAAUUGAUGAAGAAGAAGAUGAAAUAGAGGCUAGAGAAGUGGCAGACAGCUAUGCAAACAAUGCCAGGAUUAUUGAGAAGCAGCUGGAACGGAAAGGGAUGAAUAAAAGACAAGCAGAAACUCCAUCAAGCAGCAGCGCUGAUAAGAGACCGAGAGGGACAUUGAUUGAAAAA